CAACGUCAGCUCAAGCGUUCAGUUGGGCUCGUGACUUGAAGCGCGCCGGAACAAAAAUUGCGACACGCGUCCGCCUGGAGGGGAAUAGUUAGCUUGAAAUAGAUUCGAAUAAUACGUAACAUUAAAUCGCUGUUCUCUAAUUGAAUUUAAAAUCCAAGUGACCGCAAUAUGUGCUCCAUUGAUUUGUUAAUAUCGCUUUUACUGAUUGGCCUGCUGCAUCCCUCAAAAGCCGAGCUCAAUUUCAACAAUGAUCUGGAAAACAAUCAGAAAUUUAAAAGUGUUCCGACCACAAUAAAAUCAUAUGAAAAUGAUACAGUUCUAUUGCCGUGCCAUUUGGAUACUCCCUUUCGCUAUGUGCGAUGGCAUCGCGAUGAUCAGCCUUUGGUAGACUCCCGCCAUCCGGAGAUUUUGCCACCGAACGAAAGGAUUGUGCUGUGGGGCAAUGGCAGCCUGCAGGUGUCCAAUCUCAAAGCCGAGGAUACUGGCGACUACUACUGCGAGAUCAUGUCGAGCAGCAAUCACGCCGUCCAGGUACAUGCCAUUGAGGUGCAGUACGAGCCGAGUGUUGUCACGGAGCCAAGCGGCAUCCUCGAGCUGCCCAUUGGCGCCAUCUUUGAGGUUAUCUGCAUGGCAAAGGGUGUGCCACAGCCGUCCAUCAGCUGGCGCCUCAAUGGCAACACUGUGGAUCAAUAUAGCAACUCGGGCAAUCGCCAGAGCCACAUCUUUGAGAUUAAGUCUCGUAGCAUGGCCGGAUUGAUCGAGUGCCUGGCGACCAAUGAAGUGGGUCAGCCAGCAGUGGCGGGCGUUCAGCUCCAAGUCUUGUUUGCUCCAGAGGUGACGUUGCCACAGAGUGUUGUCUACACUCGGGUCGGAGAUCGAACACAUCUGGAGUGCAUUGUGGAGGCGGCACCGCUGGCGACGCUGCAAUGGUUCCAUCAUGGUGUCCCCGUGGCCAUUGGCGCUCACAUUAGCAGCCAGGAGACGGAGCUGGGCGUUGUCAAUCAGGCCUUGGAUAGCUAUGUCAGCCUCGUCAAGCACGUGCUGACCGUCAAGAAGGUCCGUGAAUCCGACAUGGGUCAAUACGAGUGCCGGGCGAGCAACUCGAUUGGUUUCAAGAGCGCCACCGUGGAGCUUACAGGUCGACCCAUGCCCUGUGUCUUCAAGAUCAAUCCGGGCACCCAGAGCUCCACUUCGCAUGUGCUUGUUUGGCAAACGGAGAGCAUGCUGCCCAUCAUGGAGUUCAAACUGAAAUUCCGACAGAUACCAUCAGCAAAUAUAACAAGGACUAUUAGAACCAACUGGACUGAGCUGACAAUUCCAGCCCAAGUGACAAUCGGUCCGAUUUAUAUAACAUCCUAUACGCUGCACGGCCUUCAGCCUGCGAGUCUCUUUGAGGUGUCAGUUCUGGCCCGGAACAGCUUUGGCUGGAGCGACAACAGUAAAAUUGUCAGAUUCGCCACUGGCGGCGAGGUUGAGCUGCCGAAUUAUUCGACGGAAUCGGAACUGCAAUAUGAUGCAACGGAGGAGGUCUUUGACAAUGAGAUCACGCAGAGAUCACAGAUAUUCACAGCGAGCAUGACCCAUAAUGGGGCAACAACCUGUGAAUACAGUGGCUUUAUAUAUCUAGCGAUAUUUAUUCAAAUUUGCCUCAAUAUGCGUUACACAUAACAUAAAGUAAUAAAUAAAUGCAUUUGUACUGAUUUCAA